GUUGGGUUAAGCAGUCACAUUUUGGAGUGAACUUGCUAAGGGCAAGUGACGUCCGAGACGGCAUGUUGGUAUUCCUGGGGUACAGAUGGUGGAGUUAUGGGUACCAGUGGUGGCACCACACAGGGGCUCGCAGAUGAUGGAGGCGUUGGCGAGCGAGUAGGUUACUCAUGGUGAGCUCAACUGGGCAACAGUUACUGGCUGAAAUAGACAUGGUCAGUAAUGCUGUCACUUUAAGAUGGACCUCAGAGAAGGACAUUCGUAUGACUGAUACCUCCCUGGACUUGCACACAUUAUUUCCAAACUACUGGAUGAAGAGCAAGACUAGAAGUCUGAUGUUACAAAUAUUGUAAUCAUCUGUAAUAUACACCCUAUCUGUCUUUAUACAUCUCAUAAGGUGUAAGUCUAUCAGUACAAUACUAUUGUUAAGUGCGUUUGGUAUAAAUGCCUACUGCAUGAGCUUUGUGGUAUAGAAUGUAUGCAAUAAUUGAGCUGUCACCUUUCAAACUGUGACUCUGGAGCUUUUCACUCUGGGCCUCCGCUGAAAAUGGAUAUGCAUCCAGUCUGACUAUCCCGAUCAACAAAUGUAAAAUAAAUAUUUCUUUAGUAUUUAGCCAUUUUCUAUAAAUUUUCUGUCAUGUUUUAUUUUUUCUCUCUCACCCCAGUUUAACACAUAAUUUUACAUGAAUUCAUGCCAUGAAGCUGUAACUUUUGUCAAAUUUCAAAGAAAUGGGAGAAGAUAAGAUCACCCUUUGAAUCCUAAAGGUGAUUCUACAUUUAGCAGGGGUAUCUGUUACUGAGGCAUACAUCUUGCAUCAUGUACCUACAAUAAAAGCUAUUGCCUCAGCUCACCUGUUAAAAGAAUUUCUAAAAUUCACUACUUUGUGUAACAAACUGAGGCACAUUUCUGAGUCAGUGUCAGUUUGUUCGCAGGUACCACACUUGCUAAAAGGCUAUACAUUCUACUCCUAUGUGAUGCACUUGCAUUUAUAUACCAUUAAUGAUACUAUAGAGGAACAUAUUGCGCACGCCCCUGGCAUACUGUCCUCAUGUGAUGCUUAAAUAAAACUCAUAUUUGACCAAGCUGGUAAUAAUUCAUACAGAUAUAAAAAAAUCCAAGGUCACUUAUCAGAAGAAGGUAAGAAAGUGCCACAGCAAAAUUUACCCUUAUCAGUAUAAAUACCACCCACCUUCUCUUCUGAAAACAAGCAAUAGACCUAAUGAAAUCUUUUGAAUCGUCAAAAUUAAAUCCUGACUCUAAACUUAACUGACACUAAACCUGGUAUCACCCAUUGUGCGUGAGGCUUAAAAAGUAUUUGCACUCUCGACUGGUAAAAUUGCAUGCGGCACUAAAAAUUGCCUUGUUUCCUUUGGGCACUUUGAAUUUUAUGAGGUAUACCAAACUACUUAGUAAUAAUAAAUACAUAAAUAACUGCAUACACACAUAGAAACAGACAGAUGACAGAUUUCUCAAGAUAGUGUCUGGUAAAACAAACAGUAUGGCAGGUUAACACUCACAAAAAAAUGGAUUUUGCUCCCUGUGAAGAAAACCAGUGUGUUCUGAAGCAAUGCACUGCUAAUUAAUGUCCAGUUAGUAUAAAUCCACCUUUCUAGAAAGAAAUAAUACAUCACCAUGCUUAUUUGUUUUGUGUCCCUCUAUGACCUCAGCACGAAGUCUCACCUGUUCUCUGAGGACUUGCUUAUGACUCAUAGAGGUGUGUUACUGCUUUGAAUCAAUAGACGUCGGCACAUCCCCAUCCUAUGUCAUCUGACUAUCACUUUGUACUCCACUGCUUUAUGUUCCAGAGGGGUAGAAGUAAACUGGAAGAGCUGUUCAGAACCUGAGUGCAGAAAAUGGAAGAAAUUUUUCAAUAUUUUGUUACAGCUCUCACUUCGGAUUCAUCUAAUGAAACUGUAGCAGACAAUUCAACAACUACAUGCAAAAGCCCACUUUCAGAAGAUUAUUUUCAUUUUUUUCUCAUUCCAUCAGUAUUUAUUGCAGUCGUUGUCUCAUUUCUGGAAAAACGUCCCAGGGAAAAUAAGCUCGAUGAAAAACUUCCGUGCUUAAAUCAACGAUUCAGAAUCCUUGAGCCUCUCAGAUUUGUAAACAGUAACUCACAUCGCUGGAUCCAUGGAGUUUCCUUUGGUGCCACCUCCCUGGUCAUAAUCCUUAUGUUUUUGAAUGCAUUCCAAACAAUUGAACUGCCAACUUGGGCUAAAGCUUUCACAUAUCUGAUCAACUCCCUGGAGGUGGGGAUGCUUUUCUACCCCUAUUUUAUCUGCCUGACAACAGAAAGCAAAAUCAUUCCUUCAAUUCUUGGAUGUCUUUUUUCAAUGAGCUGGUUUUCUGUCAACAUUGCUGACCUGCUAUAUUGCCCUGGUGAUGAGUCAACAAUGGUAAUAUUGUUGUCUGCGCCAUCUUUGGCUUGUUCGGUGAUAAUAAUUCUAUAUUUCUUAUUCACACUUGGAAUUGAACUGCUGAAAUGUGGAAACCUCAAGAAAAAAGUAACUGCUAAGAAAGAAUAUCAUUUCAUGAACUCUGAAAAAGCAAAACAUGUGAAGCGCAUCUUCGAAGCCAAAAAGCAUCAGAAUCUGAAAAAAUCAUGGUUUCGUGAGAAGGUGUACGACUGGGAUCCAUUUUUCAAAUUUCCUACAAGAAUCAUCAUGACUCUUACACUGAGCUUUAUAUGUCUUUUCAUAUUUAUUGCCGUCAUCCAGAACAAAGCAGUGGGAAUACUUGAAUUUAUAAAACAAUUGGUCGAACUAAACACAAGUCCUAAACUGGAGCGUGCAUACAACAUUUUUGAAAAGGGAUGGUACAUCACCUCAGCUGUGGCUAUCGCGUCCACCAUCAUGUCUUCUCUUUACAAUUUGGUGAGCUACAAGAAUCAAAUGAAAAUGCUUUAUAAAGGACAAAGGAACUUUUUGCCAAUAGCACCACUCCCUCUUCCAAGGAAUUUACUGGCAUCAAGUAUGCGGUACUCUGGAAAUCAGAUCGCUUAUGUAUUAUGGGGUUACGUUGUUCUACACCUUACUCUGUAUGCAGCAGUCCUUGCUUUUUGUUUCUUCAUUGUUAUUCCAAUAAUGAACGGAGAAAUUUUAAAGAUUGUAGAGAAACUUGGAUUCAUACUAGUGGGAUUGAUUAUCGUUUUUGCCGUGAUUUAUGCACAACUUCUUGCAGCUCACUUCUUCUUCCUGCAAGAUAAGGUGAAUCCAGAGGACAGUUACAAGCCAUUAGCACUGAAUAACAGGUUACAGCACUUGGGUUGGAAUGCUUUUUGUUGAUUUCUGCCAUGAAAAUCCUGUAGUAGUGACUUUCUGCGAUAUCCUUUCUGAAAUGCAACAAGAGAAACAGCUGAGAAAUGCACCCGAGAUGAUGGUUCCUGAGUUGUAUCAAGACCACAAUAUAUGCUGUAUCCCUGGUUUAUUGAGUGAUCACCGCAGGAAGUGGAGAACAAAAUGGCUUGUAGUGUAUACAUUAGUGAAUAACCCCAAGCUUAUAAUUGAACGGAAACAAAGCGCUUUCAAAACAGCUAAGGUUGAGCUAGAAGACUUAUCUGUGUAUGUUAAUGUACGAAACCGUAAGGAGAAAGAAGCUGCAAAGAAAAUUUGAGUACUUACUAACCGAAUGGACCAUCUUUGAAAACUCGCCAUCAGGCCAGAAGAAUAUGGGUCAGCGAUAAAUAUAUCACACGUUCCCAGAAUGCAGUUACACACACACACACACACACACACACACACACACACACACACACACACACACACACACACACACACACACACACACACACAAACAAUUUCAAAUAUUUAGAUAACCCGAGCCAUAUUUAAAUUUUACCUCAUUUAAAAUGUUGAUAGGGACUGAAACUGUGUUUCGGCACUGUGAAUCUAAUAAAUGAUACCACAAGGUUUGCAAGGCGUGGAACGUUAUGCUCUCUGGAAACUCCUGACAAUUUGUGUCUAACAAUGCUGAUGUACAAGGUAUAAUAUUUCCUGAUGUCUGAAGCUGGUAUAAACUCAUUGCAGAGACUACUUUAUUUUCUGUUUUGAAGUAUAAAAGGUACCUGAUUGUUUUGCCAAAAAUAGUUGCAUCCAUACCUCUUCAAUUUUUCAGGGUUGUCUUUGAUUUUGAUUAAAAUUUUAGCUUUUUCCCCUCUCAACCUCUCCUAAAACUGGUUACUUUUGGAGAAAAUUAGGUGAUUAUAAUGUCAAUAACUAGAGUCACAGCCCUCCUUUACCUCAGAAAAUGUAUAUUAAUUCACAUUCUCUUUUUCUGUCAAUGUUUCAAGUUAUUAGCAGCAAUAUUUUAAAAGUGCCCAUGACCGCCCCUGAUUACUUCUGGAUUUGUCCUUUAUUCUGUUAAGAUGUAUCCCUGAUUGGUUGAGACCUAUGGCUGUAUCCAAAACUUAACAUUUGCAUGCACGUGUAUUAUCAGGUCAGCUUGUGACUGAGGUCUUUGCCAAAAGCUGUGAAAGCCUUAUUGUGUAAGUGUCAUGAAAGUGCUGUAAAACGUUAUACUCAUAUAAACAAUGUCAUUCAUUUUAAUUGUAAUUAUCACAUUAAUCACUUUGUACAACAAUGAUCUGUUUGUCUGUCUGUGUACAGUAUCUCAUGCUUUUAAAAUAUGUGUGCCACUUCAUGUUUGCUACUAACUCAUUUGCUAAAUCAGAAAUUUCCUGACAUUCAGAAAUGACUCACAGCUACCUGAAUGACAACUGGCCUUACGUUUGUUUAGUAAAGUAACACAGCCUGGUAACAGCACUGUAAAAAUUAAUUCAAGUCACAAGGCUUCCUCACCCCUAAACUGGUGCACUGGCUCAGCUUUGCAAGUUGUUUUGUUAGGUUUUCACAAAUGUUUAAAUACAUAAAUAUUAAUAUCUGUGUGUCAGUCUGUUGUUUUACUUACUCACCACGACUGGAACAGCACUGUAGAAUUUGUGCGUCAACACUUGCCUGCUAGUAACUUGAUUUCAUAAGACCUGUAUGCAUUAAACUUACCCAUGUCAUUUUAUUAUUUUACUAUCAAGUGUGUAUAUAGGUGUGCUAACUGUACUCAGAUGAUCGCAUUUUUAAUUCUGAGCAUUUCUUGGAAAUUUUAUUAUUCAUAUAACACAGAAUUUUUAAAACUCUCUAAUGUUUACAGUACAGAUCUAUAGAAACAUACUUAUGUGAGUCGAAUUUACCAAUAAAAAUAGACAUUUUAUAG